AUGAACAAAAACCUCAUUCACCCUGACCCUCAUCAGCUAAUCGUCAAAGGAACACAACAAAACAACACAGGCCAAUCAGACGGUGAGGAGGUAAAGGAGCACAAAGGUCAUAGAGAGCAUAAAGAAGUAACAGGUUACACAGGUGGAUCGGUCCUGCUGCCCUGCUCCUGUACUGACCCUCAGUCUACAGUCAAGACUUUCAGCUGGCUCUACCUUAAAGAAAACCUGUGGCCUGAAGUACUUAAAGAUGACAAAUACAAGGACAGACUGAAGCUGUUUAAUGAAAGUUCUCCAGCGAAUCUGACUCUGUUCAUUUCUGACCUCAGAAAGAAGGAUGAAGGGUUCUAUAGGUGUAAGGCUUCACAAACUUAUACAGACAUUUACUUAAAAAUUAAAGGGUGUGAUCUGGAUCAGAAUAAACCGGCAGCUGAGGUGAAAGGACACUCAGGAGAGUCUGUGGUUCUGCCCUGCUCCUGUACUGAACUACGGGCUAAACCUGAACAACUUACAUGGACAUUUACUCCACUAAACAAAAACUCGGAAGAAAUUUACCCACAUGAACAGAGUGAGAGACACACAGGUCGAGUCAAACUGUUAAAUGAAACCUCUCCAGGAAAUCUCUCUCUACAGAUAUUGAAGUUGACCACAGAGGACCAGGGAGAAUAUCGCUGCUCUGUCUCGUCUCAACAACAUGUCAACAUCAGACUCCGUGUUCAAGAACCACAAAUUCACACAAUGCAUACAACAAAUGAACCUAUAAAACAAACAGAGGAACCUACAACUAAACAGUCAGAAGACAAUUUAGAAAAACAACUGUCUAUAUUCUGUUUUUCCACAGUCUUAAUUCUGCUGUCAGUGCUUCCAGUAGUUUUGUUACUGGCUGUACUGGCAUUGAUCUACUGGAAAUGCAGAGGAAGAAGAGACGUCCAAAAGACAACCAAUGAUGGACUAGUGCUGUGUAGUGAAAAUGAGAAACAGGGUGAUGUAAAUCCUGAAAGUGUAACUCAAGGAGAAAACUUAAAACAGGAUGAAAACGUGGAUGAGGUGACAUAUUCUUCUGUUGUCCAUAUUAAGACUGACACUAAACCAGCUCACAAACAGACUGUCAUGGCAGAGCACUCUGAAUACGCCAGCAUCAAAUGA